AAGGGGAAGGGAUUAGAAGACAGAAAAAAUUUCAAAACCCUCCAAAACCCUAACGGCCAGAUCUGAUUUCUGUCCCGAUUUCCCUCUCUCCUCCAAUCCCCCGUACUCCAAUGGCUGCUUCUCCGUGCCUUCAGCUGUGGAAUCCCACCACUUUGUGCUCUCCUUCUUCUCUUGGAAUUGCCCUCUCCCCACGUGGCCUCGCUCCGGCAGACCGGAGGAGGGCCUCCCAUUGGCGAAGGGGCUUGACCUUGCAGUGCUCCUACUCCUCCUCUGCGUCGGUGGACUCUGCCAGGAUCAAGGUGGUCGGCGUCGGAGGGGGCGGGAACAAUGCCGUCAAUCGCAUGAUUGGAAGUGGACUGGAGGGAGUUGAAUUUUAUGCAAUAAACACCGAUGCCCAGGCUCUGUUACAUUCACAGGCAAAGAAUCCUCUACAAAUUGGAGAGCUUUUAACUCGUGGUUUAGGUACUGGUGGAAAUCCUCUUCUAGGAGAGCAAGCUGCUGAGGAAUCUAAAGAAGCUAUUGCCAAUGCACUCAAGGACUCAGAGCUUGUUUUUGUAACAGCUGGUAUGGGUGGAGGCACAGGAUCUGGUGCUGCUCCAGUUGUUGCCCAGAUAUCAAAGGAAGCUGGUUAUCUGACUGUUGGUGUGGUCACUUAUCCAUUCAGCUUUGAAGGCCGGAAACGUUCAUUACAGGCACUGGAGGCUAUUGAAAAGUUGCAAAAGAGCGUUGAUACUCUUAUAGUAAUUCCCAAUGAUCGGUUGUUGGAUGUUGUUGACGAGCAUACACCUCUUCAGGAUGCGUUUCUUCUUGCUGAUGAUGUUUUACGCCAAGGGGUGCAAGGGAUAUCUGACAUCAUAUUGAUUCCUGGACUUGUAAAUGUUGAUUUUGCUGAUGUGAAAGCUGUCAUGAAGAACUCUGGAACUGCCAUGCUUGGUCUUGGUGUUUCCUCUAGUAAAAACCGGGCACUAGAAGCUGCUGAACAAGCAAUCUUUGCUCCCCUAAUUGGAUCAUCAAUUGAAUCUGCUACUGGGGUUGUGUACAAUAUAACUGGGGGAAAGGAUAUAACCUUGCAAGAAGUAAACAGAGUCUCCCAGGUCGUAACUAGCCUGGCAGAUCCUUCUGCAAAUAUAAUAUUUGGAGCCGUUGUUGAUGACCGCUACACAGGUGAAAUCCAUGUGACAAUAAUUGCUACAGGCUUCCCUCAGUCUUUUCAGAAAACCCUCCUGACAGAUCCAAAGGUUGCAAAAGCUGUUGAUGUCCGAGAAAACAAAGGUUGGGCUCUCCGCCGUAACACUGCCACCGACUCAUCGCCGGUGCCCUCAAUGCCCCGGAGGCUGUUCUUCUGAGUAGUUUUUGCUGCAAAAGGCAGCCCCACUAAAAAAAAACAGUUGGAUCACAUUCACCCUCCAAUCCAUGUAUACGGCUUCUCAUUUUAUUUUGUUUUUCGAGUGUAUGUUUCCUGAUCUCAUCCUUGAAGGAUGAAAAAGAACUGUUUUGGCCCCACAAAUCUUUUUGAAUUUUCCUUAUUUUUUGCGA